CAGACUGUUGAUUCUGAAACUGAUCAUUAAAUCUAUAUGCUUGUGUUUAGUUUAUUAUAUAAUUAAUAACAACAAUAACUGAAUAUUUGUGCAGUUGUGUUAGUUUGGUGAAAGGAACUUUGCUCUUCUGCUUGAUACAGACUGCCGGUGCCGAGAUGGACAAUGCAGAUCAUAUUGGGAGGGCUUUUGCUCAACAUUAUUAUUCAACAUUUAGUGCCAAUAGGCCAAAUCUUUCGCCUUUAUAUAGUGACUUCAGCUGUAUGACAUUUGAAGGUCAGCCAACACUUGGGACUCAAAGUAUUAUGAAAAAACUUGAAAGCCUCCCAUUCAAAUGUGUACAACAUUCUGUAACGACAUGCGACUCCCAGUUUGUAUAUGGUGUUGAUGAGGGAAGGGCGGUUGUGGUGACAGUGAUGGGAAGACUGCAGACUGAUGAUGACCCUCCAAAAGAUUUCAUUCAAACUUUUUUCCUUCGUGCUGUUAACGACAGUUAUAUGAUCUCAAAUGAAACAUUUAGACUUGUUCUGCACAAUCAAUAGGAAGAAUAUUCAUGAGAGUAAUAUUUUACUAAAAGUCGAUUUAGUAUCUUCAUCAUUGAAGCUCAAAGUCAUGCAUGAAAACGUCACAUAAAAUGCUGAUUGAACUUUAUUUGAUCACAAACUUUCAUUAGGAAUUUAGUAAAGUGGAUUCAAUGAAUUUUCGAUUCUCCACGAUAAUUAUGUACAAAUUUCUUUGAUACUUGCAACAUAAAAUUUGUUUUUGUAAUUCAAUUGUCUUUAUUGGUUAACAAGAUAAAAAAAAUAUAUGGAUUGUAGUGAUUUUACAUUAA